GUUGAAAAUUUUGAAGAGCUAGGAGUGACUGAUACUUGAUGUGGCGGUGCUGUCUUGAAUAUUUGGAGUCUUUAGAAAACAAAUACUACAGUAGUAUUAUUUUGAGUAGUGGUUAGCUAUGAAUAAUAUUGUGAGGCAACAGUUGGAGAAACUGAUCUGCUUGAAAUGUUUGAAGAUUCUAGUCCUAAUCCGUUUGUAAAGAUGUUGGUAUUUUAGGUGUAACUUGUUUGCAGGUGAGCAGAUUUUUGUGCAAUUUCUCUGCUUACUGCAAUUUUGAUGCUAUCAACUUUAUGAAGUUAUAUUUCAGCGUGAAGGGUGGAGAACAUACAUCUCAACAACUAUCUGGUGCAAAAAAAGCAAUAUUUAUUUCCUGAAUUUCUUAGAUUUCAAGGCAUGACUCUGUCAAGCAAGCCUUCACCAAUUAUGUGGUUUCCUAUUCACUACACCUUCACCAUAAAUUAUUAUAGGUUAGCUCAAUCCCCGCCAUUUCUAAGAACCUAUAUCGUUUCCAUUCUUGGUUUUCAACCAUAAAUCUCAUCCCAGAAUCCUUCUUCUUCCCAAUAAUCCAAUGAGAAGCAACUAUUAAUCGAAGCACGUCUCUGAUAACUCUCAGAAGCUGUUUCUUGUGCAAUCUAACCCUAUUUCUGGGACCUCAAAGAUAUGGGAUCUUUAGACAGAUCGAAGAAAAGGGGGCACUUGUGGACGAAAGCCACAAUCCAUUUCUUGCUCUGUUUCAUGAUGGGUUUCUUCACCGGCUUCGCCCCAACCAGCAAAAACUCAAUCUUUCCCAGUAAUGUCACAAUGUCGCCACAGCCGAUUGAGGCAUUCCACCAAGAGAAAAUGCAGGGUUUCAACGUAAGCUUGAAGGUCGAAGCAGAACCGGCUGAGGGAGAGCACAAUAACAAGAUGGCCCCUCAGCAAGAUAAGGAAGAGACAGAGGAGUUAGACAUAAGGAAGCUAUUGAUCGUCAUCACACCAACGACCACGAGAAACAGGCUUCGUGGGCCACUGCUUAGGAGGCUGGCCAGCACGCUGAAGCUGGUGGCACAGCCAUUGCUGUGGAUUGUGGUGGAGCAGCAGUCGCAGGAUUCAGAGGUUUCUGAGAUACUGAGGAGAAGUGGGAUCAUGUGCAGGCAUGUUGUUUUCAAGGAGAACUUCACUGACACGAGCUCCGAGAUGGAUUUUCAGAGAAAUGCUGCUCUGAAUCACAUUGAGCAUCACAGGCUCACCGGAAUCGUCCAUUUUGCGGGGCUUUCGAAUGUCUAUGACCUCGCUUUCUUUGAAGAGAUAAGAGCAGUUGAGGGAUUUGGGACAUGGCCGAUUGCUAAGCUUGGUGCUAACAAGCAGAAGGUGGUCAUUGAAGGGCCGGUUUGUGAUUCCUCAGAAGUUUUGGGGUGGCAUUUGAGAACGAUGACAGAUGCAACACCACUCCCUCUUCACAUCUCAAGUUUCGCUUUCAAUAGCUCGAUUCUAUGGGAUCCGGAGAGAUGGGGACGCACCUCAUCCGUUCAAGACUCCUCUCAGAAUUCAAUAGGGUUUGUAAGAAAAGAGGUUCUUGAAGAGGAAGCCAAGUUGAAGGGGAUUCCAACAGAGGGGUGCUCCAAAGUUUUACUCUGGGAUUUAAAGAUGUAAUAAGAUCCUCUCCCCUACCUAAGUAGAGAUAACUAGAACAAAAAUGAGCAUUGUUGAAACUCAUAUAGUUUCCCAUUCUUUCCCUUUUUUGCCCAAAUAUACUUGCACAUUUCUUUCUAA